AUGGAUGAUAAUCAUGAGCGCUUAUUUCCCGGCGACAUGGAAGCAUACUCGGUCCUCAUGUCCUACCCCGAAGAAGCCGACUACUACGCUCUGCUUGGACUCUCCCGCGAUCCUCCCCCAACGGACGGCGCAAUCCGAUCCGCAUACCGAACCCUCACGUUGAGCUUCCACCCGGAUAAACAGCCACCGGAGUUACAAAGCGCAGCGAAACAGCAGUUUGAGCGGAUCCGUCAGGCGUAUGAGACGCUCAUUGACCCGAAGAAAAGACUUGUGUAUGAUGUUUUGGGCGCGGAAGGGGUGCGCAGGGAAUGGGGCGGUAUGGGUGCAAUGGGCCUUGGAGGAGAAGCAGAGAGACAAGAGAAACAAAACCAGAUCGGGGUGAAGGCGAUGAAGCCGGAGGAAUUUCGGAAGUGGUUUUUUGAGACAAUGAAGAAGAGGGAGAGGGGUAUCAUUAACUCAUUUGUUAGGAGUAAGGGAUCCUUAACUGUUGGCAUCAAUGCUCAGGAUAUGAUUUCGGUUGACGAGGAGUUGGAUGAGGUAUUCCUUCACGUUCCUUCUCCCAAAUUGUCGGAACUGGCUGUACGGUAUUCCUUUGUGACACCCUUUCCAACGAUACGGGCUGUUCUUGGGGAGAACGAAAAGGAGGAUGCCGAGGAUGAGGAGGAAAACAAGACGGAAGACGAAGCGGAUCGAGAGCCAGAAUUGGAGAUAUAUGCUGGUGUCUCGGGGAGACUCCAGCGCUUCUUCGACGAAGUCGAAUUGGAAUAUGAGGAUGGGGAGACCGAAUUUCGAAAGGUCCCUCUUCCCCUGAUUUUGUCCACGCAAAGCAUCAACCUUGGGGCCAGCACAAGCCGAGUCUUUCGAGAUCCAAACCCGAAGGGGAUCCUCAGUAGAUGGCCUUGCUCAUUUCUUCAGAGUUCGAUUUUGAGCGUCGAUGCUACCGUCUUACCAGCCGCAACGGUACAAGCAAACCUGGCUAAGAGUAUCACAGUUGCUCCAGGAACAAGGCCUUUCAAUGUUGUUUUCGGGACGGUCUUCACUCGCUCGCCACUUCAGACACCACCAAUACUCAGCGUACAAUUAACCAAGGGAAUUGGUCAGAGCAAAAUAGCAUUCUGCAGCUGGUCAAGUGGAUUUAUUGAAUGGCCGCUUAUUGUCCAGACGCUACUACUCCCUUUUGCCGGUCUUGGCUCGGAUAAUUUCUUGAUCGAAGGGCAAGAACUAAGUCAACUCCAAGUUGGCAUUGCAUCUCAACCCUCGAGGCUUGCGUCUGAUUUAGGCGAAGAGGAUUCGGAAGUGCCAGAUUCACAGGAGGAAGGUGAAUAUGAGUUUGAAAUAUUACGUGCCAAGCAGCGCGAGGAACGCAAAAUUGCCGAAGCUUGGCAGGUUGCUAUUUCGUCUUCUCCAGCUGUCCACGGCCUUGUUUUCAAAUAUUCCAGGAACAUAUUUUCUGGGAAGGCCGCCACCGAUGCUGCCCAAUCCCAGUGGAGCUCCGAGAAGCAUUACUCAUUACCACCAGCGGGUGAGCCGCGCUCUGUUCGUCUUGACAUUUCCAGUGGCAUCAAUAUGGACGCAUCGCUUACCUGGGCUGUGCACGGAUCCCGACGAGUUAGCGAAUUGACUCGUGUGGGCUUUGGAGUCAGUGUUCAGCCUCGUGGUCUGAUUAUGACUUUCUCAUGGGCAAGGCUUGAACAGACGCUCAAAUUUCCCAUUGCCAUAUGCCCAAUUGACCAUGUUAAUGCCAACUCGGCAACCCUAGGUGUCCUUCUACCAUGGCUAACAUACUGCGCCAUUGAGUUUGGGUAUAUCCGCCCUAGAGAACGGCGAAACCGCCGAAAGUUGGUCGCACGACACCGGAAACGGCUGAGGAGAUUAAUUCCCCAGAAGAGAGCAGAGAGUGCGCAAGCCAUUGAGCUCAUGACGGAUCAAGUUCAGCGCCGGCAGAACAAGGAGGACAGGCAAGGCGGCCUGGUCAUAACCAAAGCGGAAUAUGGCUAUUAUCCUUCUACAACAUGGAAGGGGGACAAGGAACCAAAGGAACCAGAAGUUGCAGAUGUCACCAUUCCCGUAGCAUCGUUGGUGGAUCAUGGUCAGCUCAUUAUCUCCAAGAAAACAACCAAGUUCCACAUUCUUGGAUUCCACGACCCGGCACCACUGAAGGCUAAGAAGCUGAAGAUAUGGUAUAAAUACCAUGGAAAAGAACACUAUAUCGAAGCCAAUGAUGCAGAAGGCGUUACUUGUCCUAUGCGGUCCCACCUCCUUGCUGCUUGA